AUGUCUUAUGAAUCCUUUGCGCUGAAGGACAACGGGACAUGCCUAAAGCGCAACUACGACUGCGAAGAGCUAGCUUUUAAUGACGAUGAUGAGAUUGUGGACAUCACAAGUUUCGAGAAAAACACGUAUGAAUACAACUUGAAGGACAAGAUAAUUAACCGUUAUAAGAAGGAGAAGGAUGAGCUGGAAACCUUUUCGAGGAGGGACAACUCGAUAAAUAACUCCACAUUUAUAAAUAGGGAAAGCAAAUUAAAAAGACACGUCAUAAUAGAAAUUUUUGGUGGAAAGUGCUUCAUAAGGGAAUAUAUAUGCACGGAGUUUUUGAAAAGAGUGAAACAAUGCUGCCACAUAAAUUAUGUAAAACAGAAAAGUGGCUUAAUAAACUAUCGAGACUGCAAGCAACUGCUCGCAGAAAAUAACAAUAUAGCCAGCAUAGAAGCCCGGUUAAAUGCUAUACUCGUAUCCCUGCCCCCGUUAACAUGCAUCAUUUUACACUCUAGUGUGUUCCUAGUCAUAAAAGAAGAUUUAAUUCGAGAUGAUCUAAUUAAGAAACUAUGUAAUGUUUCCAAAAGAUAUACCAAUUUGUACAAAGCAAACACCAAAAUUAUGGAGAAAAGACCUUUUGAAUUUAGUGCCCUGGAAUGUGUUUUUUCAAGUGCCAUUGAACAUUUAAAUGCAGAAUUGAAACUCUUAAGUAAAGACUUUGCUGACAUUAAAUUUACUUUAACAAUUAUCAGGAUGUACUGAAUGGAAUUAACCAAGUGUUAUUUUAACCCUAUUAAUGGGGAGGAAGACAAUAAAGAGUCAACGAAUCAGGACCUGCAAAUGCUCCUCGAAUAUUUUGACCAAGAACUUCAUCAGAUACACGAUCAAGUGAAGCACUUAUAUGAGUUAAUGCAGAACUUGGAAAACAAAAUGGUAUCGGAUUUGUCUCUUUCAAGGAAUAAUUUGAUACGUAUGGACAUAGUCAUCAGUUUAAUUAAUUCCGGCUUCGGCAUAGGAACACUCAUAACAGGAGUUUUUGGCAUGAACUUGAAAAUAAAGCUGGAGGAACACGAAUUUGCCUUUAUCUAUGUCACGGGGCUGGUCAUUUUUUUAUGUUUAAUAACUGUAGUUAUGUCUGUUUAUUUUUUUAAGUGUAUUCGAAUUUAG